ACAGGUAGAAGCGAAUGGCGACCUCUUGAUUUACUCAUUGCAGACCGAUUUUCAGAAAAAAAAACUAUUAUUUUAUUAUACUCCAUAGAUUUACGAUUCGGUACAAGUAUCCCUAAGAAGUCCCUUUUUUAUUGUUUUUUAUGUAUACUCCUUGACCUGGCAUAAGGUAGGACAAUAAGUUUAAAUAAAUUACCAUCAAUUGCAUAAAAAAAUAAAUUUGACAGUUUGACUUAGGUCACAUGUGUCAAUUUUAAAAAGAAAACAGCGAAUACUUGUAAACAGGUACAAAAUAAAUAAAUAUAGUCAUACAGAUCUCUAAUAAUGGUUAUAACGAACGGAGUGAAACUACCCGAGUUCUCGGAGCUGACAGUGGACGAGUGCGAACUGUCGACGGCGACGCUGAUGUCGGCGGCGCCGUACGUCGGCAAGCACUGCGAAGCCGUUAACAACGAGUUCAUGUUGUGCCGAUACGAGAACAAAGACCCUCGGCCCUGCGUCGAGAUCGGGAAGAAAGUCACCGCGUGCACUAUGCAGCUCUUCAAACACAUCAAAGACAACUGCAAGCUUGAAUUCAAUCAGUACGCGAAUUGCAUAGACAAAAGCUCCGGUAACUACACCUUCCAUAACUGUCGGAAGACUCAGGCUGUGUUUGACGCGUGUAUGGAUGAAAAGUUAUGCAUGAAUCGUCCUGCGUUUGGAUACUUUUGUCGUGCAAGGAUUCACCACAGUCCUACGUCUCCGCCGCCACCGGAGCCCUGCCCGUGUGCGCCUAAGGUCCCCGACCCUACACCGUCGCUCCCGGAUUGCAAGCCUCGACCGCCAGCUCGCUUCGGUAAUCGCUUGUAUUGGGCAACGGAAUAGUAAAUUCUAAAUAAAGUACCUCUUUUUAUUACGAUAUUAAAUUAUAUUCUGAUCAA